AUGAGCCCACACCUCCCGUUUACCCGGGCGCAUCGCGCCCUGGGGCCUGGCCGCUUGACCUUGCUGGCUGCCACGUUGAUUGCCCUGCACGCCCAGGCAGACACCUUGCCGUCCUCCGGCACCUUGUUCGAUUCGAGCCGUUCGGUGCUGCGCCCCACCGAAAGCGGCCAGGCCGCCCGGCCCGGCAGCGUGCGUAUCGAAAGCCAGAACGAUGAGCCCCAGAGUGCGCCGAGCCCCUCCACCGUGAAGCUGGUGGUGCAGCGCUUUACCGUGCAGGGCAACCGGCAAGUCAGCGAUGCCGACGUGCAGGCGCAGUUGCUGGCGUACACCCAACAGACCCUCGGCCUUGAUGGCCUGCGGGAAGCCGCUUCAAGGGUCACCGCGUUGUACCGUGCCCGCGGUUACCUGGUGGCCCGGGCGUAUCUGCCGGCCCAGGACAUUCAAAAUGGCCAGGUGAUCAUCGGGAUUUCCGAAGGGGUGAUCGGCCAGGUCAGUGCGCUGCCGGAUGCCAACGUGCGCCUGCGUCCCGGCGUGCAGCAACAGUUUGUCGACGCCUUGCCCGCGGGCACCAUCAUUCGUGAACAGGACCUGGAGCGCGUGCUGCUGCGCCUCUCGGACAUCACCGGGGUGGCGGUGCGCGCGAUCCUGCGGCCAUCGCAGCAGCCGGGCGCGGCCGACAUCGUGCUCAAGCUCAGCGAGAUGACCGCCAUCACCGCCCGUGCCGCCAUCGAUAACUACGGCAACUACUACACCGGUUCCAAUCGGCUCACCUCCAGCGUCAGCCUCAACGACGCCUUCGGUGUGGGCGACAGUUUUACCGUCAACUCGCAGAACACCUUCGAGGGCCUGGACAUCAAGGGUGUCGGUUAUCAGCAGCCGCUGGGGGCCACCGGGAUCUCGGUGGGCGCCAACUAUGCCGAGCUGGAAUACGCCAUCGGUAAAAACCUCAAGGGCGUCAACGCGGGCGGCACCGCCGAAGUGUCGUCGGUGUUCAUCAACAGCUCGCUGCUGCGCUCGCGGGACAGCAACAUCAACUUCAACCUGAGUGAGGACCACCGGCGUUUCGAAGACAGCGCCGGCGGCCUUACCGUGGAGAAAGCCGCGGUGUUUCGCAGCGCCACCCUCUACGGCAACUGGCGCGAUGACUGGCAGGGCAGCAACGCCUGGAGCCUGUCCUACGGCAUUGGUUACCUGGAUAAAAACACCCCCAUCGACGCGUCGCUGGAUGCCCUGACCGCCCGGGCGGAAGGCCGUUACCAGAAGACCAACUUCAACUUCAGCCGCCUGCAAACCAUCGGCAACGGCUACUCGCUGUUUGGUUCGGUGACCGCCCAGUGGGCCAACAAGAACCUCGACUCUUCGGAAAAACUCAGCCUCGGCGGCCCCAACGGCGUUCGCGCCUACCCGGUAGGCGAAGUGGCCGGCGACGAAGGUGUGCUGGGCCGCCUUGAACUGCGCAAAUACCUCGGCAACUUUUCCGGGGCCAUCGCAGAAGGCACCUUGUUCGCCGACGCCGGCAAAGUGCGGGUCAACAAGGACCCAUGGGACCGCAGCGAAAACCACCUGAGCCGCUACGGCUACGGCCUGGGG